AUGGCAGCUUCAGCCCUGCCCCCUCCACCCUCGCAGCACUUCCUGUACUCCUUCCAGGACGAGGAGGACAUGUUCAUGGUGGUGGACCUGCUCCUGGGAGGAGACCUGCGCUACCAUCUGCAACAGAAUGUGCAUUUCACAGAGGGGACUGUGAAACUCUACAUCUGUGAGCUGGCACUGGCUCUGGAGUAUCUUCAGAGGUACCACAUCAUCCACAGAGACAUCAAGCCAGAUAACAUCCUGCUGGAUGAACACGGACAUGUUCACAUUACAGACUUCAACAUAGCGACGGUAGUGAAAGGAGCAGAAAGGGCUUCCUCCAUGGCUGGCACCAAGCCCUACAUGGCCCCAGAAGUAUUCCAGGUGUACAUGGACGGAGGCCCCGGAUACUCGUACCCUGUCGACUGGUGGUCCCUGGGCGUCACAGCCUAUGAGCUGCUGCGGGGCUGGAGACCGUACGAAAUCCACUCGGCCACGCCCAUCGAUGAAAUCCUCAACAUGUUCAAGGUGGAACGUGUCCACUACUCCUCCACGUGGUGCAAGGGGAUGGUGGCCCUGCUGAGGAAGCUCCUGACCAAGGACCCUGAGAGCCGCCUGUCCAGCCUUCGUGACAUUCAGAGCGUGCCCUACUUGGCCGACAUGAACUGGGACGUGGUGUUCGAGAAGGCACUGAUGCCCGGCUUUGUGCCCAAUAAAGGGAGGUUGAAUUGUGAUCCCACAUUUGAGCUUGAAGAGAUGAUUCUAGAAUCCAAGCCACUUCACAAAAAGAAGAAGCGGUUGGCAAAGAACAGAUCCAGGGAUAGCACGAAGGACAGCUGCCCGCUGAAUGGACACCUGCAGCAGUGUUUGGAGACUGUCCGGAAGGAAUUCAUCAUAUUCAACAGAGAGAACCAACAGCACAGGAAGGGCCUGUGCAGCCACAGCCCAUCAGACUUGGGGAAGGUGGGGGCUGACGUCGUGAGUGGUUUUGGAGCUUAUCCCAAUUUCCCUGCAGUCCUGCCCGCUCUGAGGCUCGUGGCCCUUCCCCCUGACUUACAAACGUGGACCGAGGAACUUCUGCUCAAAGAGCAUCAGUGA